AUGGAAGAAAGCCGCCAACCCUCCACGACCUCCAACCCCCCCAGCGUCGAAAACGCCUACAAACGCAAAUGCCUGGCCCUAAAGAAGCGCCUCAACGAAAUCGAAGAAGAAAACGAAAUGAUGCGUCUCCGUAACCGUCGCGGCUGGCAAUACAUCCAGAAAAUGCGCCUCGAGUCAUGCAUUCUCCUUGAACGGUUGGCCAAAGUCACCGGCAUGACGGAGGAGGCGCAGGCAGGCGUGAACCCGGAACUGCGCGCUCGAGCAUCAGCGAUGAUGACGAAUGUUGCGGCGGUGACGGGCGGAGAGGCGGGGAAGAACGGUGCUGCUGGUGUGCCACAGUCUCUGGAGGAUGAGACGGAGGGGAGCUCGGAUGAGCAGCCGCCUACUGUUUUCGCUAAUGGUAAUGGUGAUGAUUAUGUACAGCCCCAGGAACGGCCUCUGCGUGUGAAGCGAUCCAGGAAAUCCAACUUGCCCAAUGACGCUAAUGUGGAGGAUGAGGCGGCCAACAAUGAUACCAACAAUGACAGCAACAGCAAAGAGAAGGAGAAGGAGAAAGACGCCAAGGAUAAGGACGCGACGGAAUCUGGCGCCGCAGCUGAUGGUGAUAACGGUAAUGGAGAUUCGUCCUCCUCGUUGCCGCGACUAGCCCCCGCCCCGUCGCAGGACGAAAUGACCUCUUCCUUCCGCAUUCAACCGGGUAGUAACGGGUCCUCGAAUGAUAAGGAGGGUGCUAGUGACCGCGGGAGCCAUAACCCCGAGUCUGCGGAGCAGAGGGGUGAUGGUGCGGAGGAUGAGACGACGCCGAUGGAUAUGGAUGCGAAGGAGGAACUUAAGGAGGAGAGAGAGGGGUGA